UCAGCAGGCUCAUCCAUAUUUGGCUGUCAGGACUGGCUAGACGGGGGUGGAGUCUCAGGCAGGUCCUGGCUCAUAACAUAGCUAGACUCCUCCCCAGCUGCAUCUCCCUUGACUCCUCUCUUCCUCCUUGCUGUUCAUGGCAGGGGGCUCUGUCUUGGGCUCCUCUGAGGUAUCCAUUGUGGUCUGUGGUGCACUACUGGGGCCUCUGCCAAGUAUGGCAUGCAGCUCAUUGUAGAAAUGGCAGGUCUGCGGCUCAGCACCAGAUCAAUUGUUGGCCUCCCUGGCCUUGUGGUGCACCUGUCAAAGUUCCUUUGCUUUCACACAGCACUGCUGCCAGUCCCUGCCAUACCUCUUUGCCUGCAAACCCCUGUGCCUUUCUUUGCAGGUAUCCACAGUUCUGUGUCUGGUCCACAGCUGUGCUUGCACAGCCUCUUCUGUCCAUAGGUGCAGGAAUUGCAGUACCUCCCAUGUACUCCAGCCAGGAGUGGUUCUGGCACAUGGUUGGUUGGGCAGUUGCAUACAGCAGGAGUGAGCUACUAGGUGUACUUGCCAAGGCAACUUGUUGCAGCGAUGGAAUGUUCCCUUAAAACUACAGCUGAGCAGACAAAUGGCUAGCUCUGGUGCACCUGGGGGCAAAGGCGAUAGUUCUGUUUUUGUCCUUAUUGUGGGCUUAUCAACGUUAGGAGCAGGUGCAUAUGUGUACAAGACACUGAAAGAAGACAAAGAGAGAUUCAAUGACCGCAUCAAAGCAAUAGCUAUGAAAUCCCAAGACAUGAAGUCUACCUCUGAAGUGGGUGCUGCCUCCCAGGCCUCAACAAGUGAGAAGGAAUCCAGGAAUCGCCCUGCAGAGCAGGCGUUGACAACAGCUGAGCAGGGAGCUCCAGAGACAGAUCCGAGUGCUCGCCCUGAAUGUCCAUCCCAUGCUCCUUUUCUGCUGAUUGGUGGAGGCACUGCUGCUUUUGCUGCUGCUCGAUCCAUUCGGGCUCGUGAUCCUGGGGCUAGGGUGCUGAUUGUUUCUGAAGAUCCUGACCUACCAUAUAUGCGUCCUCCUCUUUCCAAAGAACUGUGGUUUUCAGAGGAUCCGAAUGUCACAGAGACUCUGCGAUUCAAACAGUGGAAUGGCAAAGAGAGAAGUAUAUAUUUCCAGCCGCCUUCUUUCUAUGUACCUGCUCGUGAUCUGCCUUAUACAGAGAAUGGUGGAGUGGCCGUCCUCAGUGGCAAGAAGGUGGUGCAUAUGGAUGUUCGAGGCAAUGUGGUGAAACUUGAUGAUGGAACGCAGAUAUCCUAUGAUAAAUGUUUAAUUGCCACAGGUGGUUCCCCAAGGAAUCUUCCUGCAAUCGAGAGAGCAGGGAAAGAUGUUCAACAGAGGCUGACGCUGUUCCGCAAGAUUGAGGACUUCAAAGCUCUAGAAAAAAUUUCAAGAGAAGUCAAGUCCAUCACCAUUAUUGGCGGCGGCUUCUUGGGUAGUGAGCUGGCCUGUGCUCUGGGAAGAAAGGUACAAGUCACAGGGCUGGAGGUGAUUCAGAUGUUCCCAGAGAACGGCAACAUGGGCAAGGUCCUGCCUGAGUAUCUGAGCAACUGGACAACAGACAAAGUCAAAAGAGAGGGUGUUAAUGUCAUGCCCAAUGCUGUGGUGAAGUCCGUCUGUGUCUGUGGGAACCGGCUGGUAAUUAAACUGAAGGAUGGAAGAAAGGUGGAGACUGAUCACAUAGUGGCAGCAGUGGGCCUGGAGCCCAAUGUGGAGUUAGCAAAGUCUGCUGGCCUGGAGGUAGACUCUGAUUUUGGAGGGUUCAGGGUGAAUGCAGAGCUGCAGGCGCGCUCCAACAUCUGGGUGGCAGGAGAUGCCGCCUGCUUCUACGAUAUCAAGCUAGGUAGAAGACGGGUGGAGCAUCAUGAUCAUGCUGUUGUGAGUGGAAGAUUAGCUGGAGAAAACAUGACAGGAGCUGCUAAGCCUUAUUGGCAUCAGUCAAUGUUCUGGAGUGACCUGGGCCCUGACGUCGGAUAUGAAGCCAUUGGCCUUGUAGACAGUAGCUUGCCUACUGUAGGAGUUUUUGCUAAAGCAACUGCAAAAGACACACCGAAGUCUGCAACGGAGCAGUCAGGGACUGGCAUCCGCUCAGAAAGUGAAACGGAAGCAGAAGCCUCUGAGAUUACAAUCUCUGCCAGCUCUCCUUCAACACCUCAGGUUCCAAAGCAAGGAGAAGACUAUGGCAAAGGGGUCAUCUUCUACAUCAGGGAUAAAGUGGUGGUGGGAAUUGUCUUAUGGAACAUCUUCAACAGGAUGCCAAUUGCUCGAAAGAUCAUUAAAGAUGGAGAGGAGCAUGCUGAUCUCAAUGAAGUAGCGAAGCUCUUCAACAUCCAUGAAGAUUGAGCCCCUGCUCCAAGACCUGUCUGGCUGGGGUGCAUCGGUGUAAGUGGGGACACACAUGCUGCAGGCUGAGAGCUCUCCCUGCCUCGGAGCGCUGACUCUGUGUUCUGAGUACUUUGUGAAUAUUUCCAGUAAUCUAGAACUCUGUUUGCACCAGUAAAUAAAACCAGAUUCUUCUAAA